AUGCGCACGUAGAAAUUAAAGCUACUUAUUACUGUUAAUAUUUUAUUUUAAAAUUUAAUAAAUUCGGAAAGGAAAUGGACGAAACUGUGGACGAAACGGCGUUUAAUGCCAAUAUCGGCCGUAUUGCUCGAUCCACGCUUUUGCGCGAUGCUGAACAGUCGAUUCAUAGAGAGCUGAUCGACUACGCAGUAGCGUCGUGCCGACUGUUUUACAUCCAGGAUGCUUCAGCCUGGAAGGAAUGGGAAACCAGCAAUGAGGCUUUCAGGGAUCUCACUGCUAAAGAAGUGUGCUUUUUAUUCCUGACCGACGUUUUGCCCCAACUAGACACCUUUCAGCUUCCGGAGAUGGCCAAACAACGUCUCAAGCUUCUGGAUCUGCAUCCAUUUUUUAAACGCGUUUGCCAAGGCUAUCAGUAUACUCCAGAUUGCGACCUUGCAGCUCGAUUCGUAGUACAGCCGCAGAAGAAUUUUAUCAUGCCUAACGAUAUUAAAAAAAUCAAGAAUAGCGAUUCCCUGAAAAGAUGUCAAACCGUGCUUAUAAAAAGUGAUGAAGUGGAGCACAAGACCUGCGUUGGGUACCGAAGCAAGGUCACCCUGGAGUCCGCCGUUCUGUUCUCGGUUCUGUUAUCCACCAAUCAUGAGCUUUCUAUUGGGAAGAUGCUCGAUAUGACUGAGAUUCACGAACGACUGCGGCGCGCCAAACAGUCAUUUGAAGAUACUGCCAAAGUUACUCCGUACCGAAUGAACAUUGACGACCUAAUCUACAAUUUGGAUGUCUGUGCUAAGGUUAAAUCUAAACUUUGCCGAGUUAUAAGUGAUUGUAAAAAGUAUUAGAAAGGAUAAGUAAUAUGUGCGCUUUAUGAUAUUUGAAAA